AUGAAGAUUAUGAUAGUGCCAAUGUUUCUGACCCUGGCUCUUUGCCUCAUACAAGAUGCUGCCAGUGAGGAUGAAAAUCAGGAAACAUGCAGUGAAUUUCGAGCACUGAUGAAAGCUGGAAGAUUAUUGUGUUUCCAGGAUAAAAAUCUUUUUCAAAGCCCUGAUGGAAUAAUGUUUAUCCAAAAAUGUACCAGAUGCAAAGUGAUAUUGGAAAAAGAAGCAAAAUCUCAGAAAAAGGCCAAGCAUUUGGCAAGAGUCACCAGGGCCAUUGCCCCAGCAACGUUGAACUGUGCUGAUUUCAGGAGUGGAGAAAGAGAUGGGGAUUUAUUUUGUACCUUUGAUAAUGCAGCUGUUUGUGGUACAGAUGGGAAAACAUACAGCAACAGAUGUGCCCUGUGUGCUGAGAAUGCGAAAACCAGAUCCCAAAUCGGCAUAAAGAAUGAAGGGGAAUGUGAGAACAAUAUUCCUGAUGAGGAUGUGUGUAGUGCUUUUCGGCCGUAUGUGAAGGAUGGAAGACUUGGAUGCACAAGGGAAAAUGAUCCUGUUCUUGGUCCUGAUGGAAGGACACAUGGCAAUAAGUGUGCUAUGUGUGCUGAGCUGUUUUUAAAAGAGGCUGAAGAUAAUGAUAAGAAAGAAGGUGAAAAUAGAAGUCGACGAAAUGCUGAAAAGGAUAUUUGCAAGGAAUACGAGAACCAAGUGAGGAGUGGGAGACUUUAUUGCACCCGUGAAAGUGACCCAGUCCGUGGCCCUGAUGGCAGGAUGCAUGGCAACAAAUGUGCCUUGUGUGCAGAAUUUUUCAAGCGACGCUUUUCAGAAGAAAAACAUACAGCAGAUGAGAACCUGAGAAAUGCUAAAGAGAAAAUGAAAGUUAAAAGAGAAAUUGAGAAACUCUGCAGUGAAUUUCAAGAUCAAGCAAAGAAGGGAAUACUUUUCUGUACCAGAGAAAAUGACCCUGUUCGUGGACUAGAUGGGAAAAUGCAUGGCAACUUAUGUUCCAUGUGCCAAGCAUUCUACCAAGCAGAAGCUGAAGAAAGGAGAAGGACUGAAGAAGAUGCAAGAAAUAAAAGAGAAUCUGAAAACCCACCCUCAUAUGCAGAGAUAUGCAGUGAAUACCGAAACUUUAUGAGGAAUGGAAAACUCCCUUGCACCAGAGAGAAUGACCCCAUCCAGGGCCCUGAUGGGAAAAUGCACGGCAACAGCUGUUCCAUGUGUGAGGCCUUCUUCCAAGCAGAAGAAGAAGCAAAGAAAAAGAAGGAAAUUGAAUCAAGAAAUAAAAGACAAUCUGCGAAUAUAGCUUCGUUUGAGGAGUUGUGCACUGAAUAUCGCAAAUUUAUGAAGGAUGGACGGCUUCUCUGCACCAGGGAGAAUGACCCCAUUGAAGGCCCAGAUGGGAAAAUGCAUGGAAAUACUUGCUCCAUGUGUGACACCCUCUUUCAACAACAAGAAAGAGCAAGAACAAAGGCUAAAAGAGAAGCUACAAAGGAACUCUGCAGUGAAUUUCGGGACCAAGUGAGAUACGGAAUGCUCAUAUGUACUAGAGAGAAUGAUCCUGUUCGUGGCCCAGAUGGAAAAAUUCAUGGGAACAAGUGUGCCAUGUGUGCAAGCGUGUUCAAAAUUGAAGAAGAUGAGAAAAAUAAUAAUGGCAAGGAAGAAAAGGAAAAAGUUGAGGCUGAAAAAGUUAAAAGAGAAGCAAUAGAGGAACUAUGCAGUGAAUACCGCAACUUAGUAAGGAACGGUCGGCUCACAUGUACUAGAGAGAAUGAUCCCAUCGAGGGUGCUGAUGGGAAAAUCCAUGGCAAUACUUGCUCCAUGUGUGAGGCCUUUUUUCAGCAAGAAGCAAAAGAAAAAGAAGUUAAUUUCAGAGCAAAAGUUAAAAGAGCAGCUGAAAAGGAUACAUGCAGUGAAUUUCGGACUCUUUCACAAAAUAAAAUGCUUUUCUGCACACGAGAAAAUGAUCCUGUUCGUGGUCCAGAUGGCAAGACCCAUGGCAACAAAUGUGCCAUGUGUAAGGCAGUCUUCCAGAAAGAAGAUGAAGAAAGAAAGAAGAAAGAAGAGGAAGAGCAGAGAAUUACCUCAGAACACAAUUCCAACGGUGGGGGUGGUGAUGGUGGUGAAGGUGGGAAAACUCAGGACCAGUGUGCUGAGUAUCGGGAAAAAAUUAAAAAGGGAAAACUCAGCUGUACUCGGGAGAACGAUCCUGUACGUGAUGCUGAUGGAAAAUCAUACAACAAUAAGUGCACCAUGUGUAAGGAAAUACUUCAAAGAGAAGCAAAUGAAAAAAAUAAGAAUUCUGGCUUCAGAUCAAAUGGAACUGAGUCAACAUCAGGAAAGGAUACUUGUAAUGAAUUUAGAGGUCAAAUGAAAAAUGGACAACUUAUCUGUACUCGGGAAAGUGACCCUGUUCGCGGUCCAGAUGGCAAGACACAUGGCAAUAAGUGUGCUAUGUGUAAAGAAAAACUGGAAAGGGAAGCAGCAGAAAAAAAGAAGAAAGAUGAGGAUGACAAGAGAAAUACUGGUGGAAAUAGCAAUGAAAAAGAGGAUCAGUGUCAUGAAUUCCGGAGUUUGCUGAGAGGAGGGAAACUGAUCUGCACCAGAGAAAAUGACCCUAUUCGAGGCCCGUAUGGCAAGAUGCAUGUCAACAAAUGUGCGAUGUGUCAGACCAUCUUUGAGAGAGAAGCUAAUGACAGAAAAAAGAAUGAUGAAGAAAAAUCAAGUACCAAACCCUCAAAUGACUCAAAGGACCAAUGCAAAGACGAUCCAAAUGAAGCAGGAAAUGGAAAACUUAGACAGUCUCAACGUCCCCUGGCCUUCAUUGCUAGAAUAACUUCAGAUGAGUGCAGUAACUUUCGGGAUUAUGUUAGGAACGAGCAGCUCGUCUGCACUCGAGAAAAUGACCCUGUGCGUGAUAUGGAUGGAAAGUUCUAUAAAAACAAAUGCUUCAUGUGCAGAGCUCUCUUCCAAAAAGAAGCUUUAGAAAAGGCAAGAAUUAUAGAAAAGCCAACCCACAGUAGAGCUUCUGAAGAAGAACAUAGCACAGAUUCCCCCCACUAUUCUCUGGAUUCUGAUAUGUGUAGAAACUACCGAAUAUUGCCCAGGAUGGGUUACCUUUGUCCAAAGAACUUUCAGCCUGUCUGUGGUGAUGAUGGCCAGACAUACAACAAUCCCUGCAUGCUCUGUCAUGAAAACCUGAUGCGCCAAACGAAUACACACAUACGUAAUAUAGGGAGAUGUGAGGAGAACAGCGCACCAGAAACAACACCUUUCAUCACACCGAUGCUUGAGUUUCAGAAACUAAAACCAGGUUCUCCACAGAAGGUAUUAUAUAAAUUAACAUAA